CCUUCUACCAGCAAUGCAAGCCACCAAAAUGCGUACACCAUUUGCCAUACAAGAAAUCUUGGGUUUGGGUGUGGGUUCCGCAGCAGCCGCGGCGGCCGCCGGUUAUGCACAUCCCGUACAUUUGCAUCAGCAUCCGGCUGCUGCUGCCCUGCCACCCAGUGUCACCACACCGCCACCCUCCAGUCACAAUUCAUCGACAGCUAGCAGCAAUACCGCAUCACAACAGCAACAACAUAGUCUAACAGCAACAUCACAACAACAACAUCGUCUUUCAACAUCUUCCCCACCACCGGCCCAUACACCCAAUGAUUGUACAAAUGCUCCAAUUUCACCUGCCUCGUCAACGGCCACAGCCACUCCGGGACGUCAUCGUGAUUCACGUUCAAUAUCACCGGAUGUUACUCGGCUCUCGGCUGCAGCAGCUGCCGCCGCGGCUGCUGCCCAUGUCCAAUUGCCUGUUUUUAAUCCGGCAAAUUUUUAUGCUGCCGCCGGUUAUGCUGCGGAUCAUGGUGGCCCAUUGGCCGCUCAUCAUCAUCACAUGACCACAUUGGCAGCGGCUGCUUAUUUGAGGGGGUUUCUGCCGCCGGGUUUCAGUACACCACAUGAAUUUCGCGGUCAUUUUCAGCAACAUUUUGGUACACAAUUUGCGGACCAAGCAACCCGAGCCGGUGCCGAUUAUUCAGGUCCCCUAAACAGCAGCAGUAAUAACAACAAUGAUGACAAUUCACCCAGCAAAUCAAGUUCAGCCUCAGCCAGCAGCCAAAAUAACUCAUCCUCUUCGACCAAUAAUACCCCCAACUCAACAAAUAAUUCCUCCACCAAUCAACCUGGCACCCCCACCCGGCCAACAUUGUCGCCUGCCGAGCAUGCUGCCGCGGCAUUGGCCCAUCAUGCUGCCGCAGCGGCUGCUGCACACCAUGCUCACUCCCAUUCUCAGCAUCAUGGCCAUCCCAUGGCAGCGGCAGCACAUCAUGCGGCUGCAGCAGCUGCUGCUGCACAUCAUCAUGCCCAUGCCCAUAAUCCAGCCGUGGCGGCAGCAGCACAUCAUGAAGCUUUUCUAAAUGGUGCAGCUGGGGCGGCAGCAAAUGGCUUGCUUGGCCAUCAUCCGGCCACGGGGCCAGAUGGUGUACUACUCGGUCCCGCUGGCAGUGGUAAAAAGAAAAAUAAACGUCGUCAUGGUCGUACGAUUUUUACGAGUAAUCAAUUGGAGGAGUUGGAAAAGGCAUUCAAAGAUGCCCAUUAUCCGGAUGUCAGUGCCAGGGAAUUGCUAUCAAUGAAAACGGGUUUGGCCGAAGAUCGUAUACAGGUUUGGUUCCAAAACCGCCGUGCCAAAUGGCGUAAAACCGAAAAAUGUUGGGGCCACAGUACAAAAAUGGCCGAAUAUGGUCUAUACGGCGCCAUGGUGCGUCACUCUCUGCCCCUACCCGAAACAAUUAUUAAAUCUGCCAAAGAAGAUGAGUCGGUGGCUCCCUGGCUAUUGGGUAUGCAUAAAAAAUCUCUAGAAGCGGCGGAGGUACUCAAAUCGGAUGACAGUGAUCGUGAGACGCCCACAUCUGAUGAUACUAAUACCUCUUAUUCGGCGGGUAGUACCCACAACUCUCCGAUUUCAUCAUUUUCAAUAUCACGACUGUUAUUCGAUAACAGUAAUCCAAAUCAUCAUCCACAUGCCCAUCAUGGCGGUCAUCAUCAUCAUCAUGGUAAACAUAAAGGCCAUUCCGGGCAUGGUGCGGGUAAUGGUAUAUCAUCGCUGUCACAUGAUAUUAUGACAAAUUCCCAUCACUCCAGUGCAAUGCAACAUCAUCCCUAUAAUCAACAACAACAUUUACAUCAUUUGCAACAGUUGCAUCAACAGCAUCAGCAACAUCAACAACAACAACAGCAGCAGCAACAACAUCAAUUAAUGAUGGCUGAAGCGGCGGAAUUGCAGCGUAGACGUCAAGAAGAAUAUCAUCGGGAACAGCAGCAGCAACAUUUGCAACAAAACCAACAACAACAACAGAAAUCUUAUGAUGAUGAUGAUCUCAUCACUGAUCCCGAUGUUGAUCCCGAAGAUGAUGAUGACUGUGAUAAGGAAGAAAUUGACAUCUGUGAUGAUACCGAAGAUGAACAAAUGAAGGAGAAUUUGAAAAUGAUCAAACGUGAAGAGGUCGAAAAUAGAUGAAAUUUAUUUAUUGAUGUUCUAUUGUA